AUGGCGCCUUUUCGUCGUACGGACUUUCUAAAAUUAUCCUUUUUUUAUAUGCAGGACUUAGGUGGUCUACCGAUAAGUAAUUCACCUGAUGAAGUAUGGAAAUGGCUUGAUAUAAACUUCUUGAUUAGCAUAUGUGGUGAUGAUGUCCAUCCUAUACUAUUGGAUUUACAGUUCCUCAUAAAUUUUAGAUUCAUAAUGUCAACCUUCACCAUCUAUCAUGUUAAGCAGAAUAAUAAGGAUUGUCCUACUUUUCCAAUUGCAAAGGUGAGAAUAUAUGGGAUACCUAAUGAUAUCAACGGAUCAAGAUACCUUACUGAAUGGCGUUCAAGUAGACCUAAGAAUGCGGCAAUUGAUAGAAACUUAAGAUAUAGUUGGCCACGAUUACUACAAUAUCUCGAUUUUUCGGAAUUGAGCUGGCAAACUCCAGGGGAUAAGAUCAUACCAUUAAAGAAGUUCUUGAAUACAAAGUCUUUAUUAUUACUAGAUGUAAAGUGUGUGUCUUCAUCUCGCGAUGACGUUUCUCAAAACUUCAAUUUUUAUGUCCAUCGUUGGACUCUUAAUCAACAUUACUAUGAAGAAGAAGCUAAUAUGUUAAAGAAUGAAUCGUUUGGGAAUAGAGUUCAGAAUAUUUACAACAAAAUUCAAUCGCCAGAACUUUCACAAUAUGAGAAUAAAGUUAUGAAAGUACCGCCAAAGCUGGGCUCUGUACCUACAUCAGAGGAAGUGUUAGUGAAAUUGAUACAAAAUGCCAAACAUGGAGUAACAUCAAUCGAAGGAGUCACGUCAAUGCUUUAUCCUUUUCAAAUAAGGUCCAUCGCCAAAAUGUAUGAGAAAGAAUCAUUCACCAAAAAGUCAUUAGUUCCAACUUUUGUACAAAUACCGUCAAUAUUCAAACCAAAUACAUUUUAUUAUUUUGAUUUUCAGACUUACUUGUUAUUUGAAAAGCCGGAAGUGUUCACUCUACCAAAGGGUGGAAUCCUAGCGGAAAAUAUGGGUUUGGGGAAAACUUUAAUUAGUUUAAGUUUAAUUUGUUUAACUAAGUACGAUAUUUCUAGAAUUCCAGAUGAUUUAUUAUUACACGAUUCUAAUGAAGAGCCUGAAUUGGAAGAAGUGACUAUGGAUGAAUCGGGCAAUUUCAUUUCUACAACACCUAAACCAGUGCAAAAAGUUCAGUCUCUAGUCAAUCUUUGUAAAGAAGUCGUCAAUCAAAACUCUUUGCCUUGGAAAUAUUACUCAAAAGAUUUACCUCAAUCAGUGAUUAACAUACUAAGUGAUGAUCCAGGGUACUUUAGAAUUAGGCUAGUUGACAAGCAAUACGAAUCAUCGUUUUCGUUAAGAACAAGAAGUCCAUCAGUAAGAAGAAAAUUAUUCGAAGAAGAACUACCAAAAGAGGGAAACAUUUAUAGAACCCUUUUCUUGAGUAAUACCACUCUAAUCAUUGUUCCUGAUAACUUAUUCCAACAAUGGAUAUCUGAAUUGAGAAAGCAUAUUGAUUCAGAAUUUCUUAACAAAUUAUUAAUUUCAAGUCAUUUCAAACAUCCUUCAAACACUUCCAAUGCAAUUUAUACUAAUGAAUUACCCAUGGAUCCAAAAGAAUUAAUUAAGUUUGAUUUAAUUAUCUUAACCCACGCCUUCUUUGCUAGGAAGAUUGGUGAUUUAUCAGUUGAAGAAAAUCCCCUUAAUAAGGUAUAUUGGAAACGAUUAAUCAUAGAUGAAGGUCAUAGCAUGAAUUCGAAGUCUUCGAAAACAAGCGAACUUUGUAAAACAUUAGUGACUGAAAGAAGAUGGGCGGUAACAGGUACUCCCACGACUGGAUUGACUAAAUUGCACAUGGAUGAAGAAGAGAAUGAAAAUAAAGUUUUAAGUAGUCCUAAAAAGAAAAACAAAUAUGUCGUUAAGAGCCAGUUUAAUGAGAAGGCCGAUUUAAUGAAAUUAGGAAACAUUAUAGGUAAUUUUCUUAAAAUCGAACCUUUCCAUUCUCAACCGAAGAGUUGGACAAAGAAUAUAGUCAAUCCGUUGACUUCCAAUCUUUAUGGAGCUGAUACUGGUUUGAUAAACUUAUUGGAUUCCAUUGUGGUUAGACAUAAUUUAAGUGAUGUUGAAAGUGAUUUAAAAUUGCCUCAACUUCAUCAUGAUGUUGUUUUCUUACAGCCUUCAUUUCAUAAUAAAAUUUCAGUUAAUUUAUUUACUGCAGUUUUGGCAGUUAAUGCAGUUUCAUCAGAAAGAACGGAUAUUGAUUAUAUGUUUCAUCCUGCGAAUCGUCAACAAUUGAGAAGAUUGAUCACUAACUUACAAAGAGCUACUUUCCACUGGACGGGUUUUAAACAAGAAGACAUUGAGACAUUGAUUAGUAUUUGUAAUAACUCCUUAAAGAAGAGAAAACCUGAUGGAAAGUCUGUGUAUAAUGAUUACGAUUUUUCGUUGUUGCUGAGAUCUUUAGAAGUGGCUAAAAUUGCCUUAGAGAAUACAAGAUGGAGAACAUCUGCCUUAUUACACGAAAUGAAUUAUUUUGUAACUGGACUACCUGAUAUAUUUGCAAAUUAUUUUGCAACAGGAGUGGUGGAUAAUGUUGGCGUUGAUGGUCACCGCGCUAGUUUAGGUGUCUAUGGGGCUCCCCAUCUCAAUGCUAUUCAAGAGUUCUUCUAUAAACAUCGAUUUCUUGAUAUUAACGAUCAAGAAAAGCUAAAAGAAAAAUUAUCAGAACAGUCAAAGCCAUUCUGGGACAAGUACUGGAAAGACAGUGUAAGGAAAAGUUCAUCAAAAUUUAACAAACAAGAUUCAAAUAAGGAUUUUGAAGUAAGCGUCAAAGGUGGAGCCAUUGCAAAUGCUCUUAAUGUUCCUGACUUAGUUAAAGACUUCACUCCUGAAAUUAUGCAACCACCCUCAGUAUCACUUAUGCAAAAGACUAAAAAGUCUUUGGACUCUAGUCCAGGAAGCAAGCUGAAGGUUAAUUAUUCAGAAGGAUUAAUAUCAGUUGAUACACUUCAUUCUGAUGACACAGAUACAGUUGAUAAGUCGAUCAGAGAAGCAACAAUAUUAGGAACGGCUUCAGCAAAAUUGUCCUAUUUGGGUGCAAGAUUACUCGACCAUCAAAAGCAAGGUAUCAAGUCAUUGGUUUUUUUUGAGUUUGAAGAUAGUGCAUAUUAUUUGACAGAAUUGUUAGAUGUCAUCGGUGUUAAUUAUAUUUUAUAUGCUACAUUUAUCAAUUCUGUUGAAAGAGGUAGAAAUUUGUCAUUGUUUACUGGACAUAAUAGUGAAGAAGAAGAAGGGAUAACUUUAAUAAUGGAUUUAAGGUUAGCUGCACAUGGUUUGACUAUCAUUUCUGCCACUAGGGUCUAUUUUAUCAGUCCAGUGUGGAAUAGAUCUGUUGAAGCUCAAGCAAUUAAAAGAGCGCAUAGAAUUGGUCAAACAGAGGAUGUAUAUGUUGAGACAUUAGUUCUUCGAGACACUCUAGAAGAACAAAUUUAUAGAAAAAGAUUCGAUAAUAAGCAAGAAGAGACAGAGGAGAAAACUACAAAUGAAACCAAGAAUUUGAUAGAUGAUAAUGGAAUGAGAGAGUAUAUUUUAAAACAUGAGUUUUUACCUUAUGAUCCAGCUGAACCUGAAUAUUCUCCAUUUCAUGCACCUGAAUUAUCAGAAAAGACUAUGUCACAGCUGAUUUAUGACCAGUUAGAACUCCAUAAUUGGGGCUAUAAUCUUGGUUAUCCACUGGUAAGUUCCAAAGAAGGAUGGUCUUAUCAACUCCACUGGAUACUAUCUUGUUACCAUCACGACUGAACUUGGUAGAUAGCACUCCUCCUUGAUGACCUUCUAAUGCUACCACUGUAUCGACUAGCACUGAUGGCUUAUUGAUUUCAAUUGCCUGUAUAAGUUGUUUCUUGUUAUCACAAAGAUCUUCGCCUUUCCUCCUCUUGACCAAUGACAUGGCUGAUAUGUGUAUUUCUUGUAAGUGAUAUGGGGCUGCCCUGUCAAUUGAAAAAUCUAUUUACACUUUAAAUUGCGAAAAUAAUAAC